AUGUCCCAGCCUGGUACCCCUGUACCAUACUACCAAACUUUAUAUCAUCAUCCGGGCACACCACAGAUGACCCCACAGUCACCCGCCAGCUCGGUGCGUUCAGUAGGAAGCUUCGCUCCUAUAGGCUAUCCACAGGCUUAUGCGGCGCCGAUACAGUCACCAGUCUACACUGGAGUGGGAGCGCCUUAUGCAUCACCUCUUUCACAAUCUGUCCCUCAGCAACAAGGAUCUAUGGGGGAGUAUGCUCCUCCAGUUUACCAGCUACCAUAUGGCGCGAUACCCCCGCAACAACAGCAGGCAUAUCGUUACCCGUCCCCAUCACCCGUAGCAGCCGCGGCAGCCUACUAUGGUGGUGCCUAUCAUCCUGGUAUGAUACGUAGUGGAGGAGGAGGAUCACCAACCAACAGUAUACGCUCAUUAUCAUCUGAUGGAAGGGGAAUGCCGCAGUCACCGAUGAAUAUGGGAGCACCAAUGGUCCUUCAAAGAGAUCCGUCUGGGAAUAUGAUAUUACCACCGGUCGGGUAUUUCGUAAGGGACGCGGAAAACGUUGAUCCUGAUAAUCUAUGUUACGCUGACAUCCGUCACAACAAGCCGGAGCCAUCUGGCACUGGGGACAGCCUAGGAUCGGCAGCGUCUACGUAUAGGAGUCCACCUGAAAGACGAUUCCAAUCUGGCUAUGCUAAUGCAGAGCACCAGCAACGUGGAGAAGGACCGAGCCGUCAUCAUCACCAUCGUAAACAUGUUCACCAAACGACGAUUCAACAAGAGCAGCAGGGGCACGAAGAGAGCGGAAACACUUUAAGAACACUGUUACAAGAGCUGGAUGAGGAGGAUGAGAAUUGCAUAUUUAUUGUACGACGCAUACACAAGUUUGGCUUCAAGUCGCCGGUGUUUUUACGAGAAUAUUUCGAAGAAUAUGGACAGGUUUGUAAGGUGCUGGUGGCGCAUUCAAGGCAAUUGCAAUCCGGACCGCACGAUACGACGAGAACCCGAUCGCGGCCAGCCUCUCUUGGUUUCGUUCUUAUGGGCGACUCUGAAUCGGUUCAGCGAAUUCUGGCUGACGGUCCUACGCAUAAGAUAGCUGAUGUUGAAAUUACGGUCCAUCAUUUUGAGAAUAGACACCCUGAGAAAGAUUCACAAGCGGAGUCCAGUCAAGACCAACAGCAUUCACAAUGAUUCCUAUUCUUCUCUAUUUUUAUUUCGUCGCUGCAAGUCGGAUCGUUACGUUAUCGAGCAAUCAAGACGCUAAUAUGUAUACUAGGGUGACCUCCAGCCGCGAUUGCCAAUAAUAGAAUUUACCGAUACCUUGUACGUGUACGGUAAAUGAUUGACUUCAAUCUGCAAAACUACGAUGAGCAUAAUUUUAA